AGAAUAGUGGGCGGUCGGGGCUGGCAGAAAUGGACGAGUGACGUCCAGAGCGCAUUUGGAUGGUAAAUCUCGCCCAUGGACUCUUCCUCACACCCAGUCCGCCCGGAUUCGUCGGGUUUGUUCAAUAACCAACCACAAACAUGUCGGCAGUCUCAGCGCUGAAGGGCGAGUCGGCCCAGCAGGUCAGGUCCCUGUUCCGGCAGCUGCUGAGGCAGAGUGGCCAAUUCGCGGCAUAUAACUUCAGAGAGUAUGCCAAGAGGCGGACACGGGAUGCGUUUCGUGAAAAUCAAGGGGUCAGCGACCCUCGACGGGUUCAGGAACUGGUUCAGGAGGGACUGCGGGAGCUCCAGGUGAUGAAGCGACAAACUGUUCUCGGGCAGUUCUACCAACUCGACAGGCUGGUAGUAGAGGCCGGUAUCUCUGGAAAAGAGUCUGGGAACAAAGCCGAGAUCGUUCGCGGGAAGCCAACCGGCUGGGACUGAACUCGGGACAACACGCAGGUUUAAUGCCCCUUGAAUGUUGCCUGGUGGAAACGAUAUGACAAAAGAGGGCUAUAAACACGAACUUUGCCUCUCUUGACUUUAUGGCUACGGGGUGUCGUCAGUGACAUUUCUCGUUGGGGAUCCCACUAGGGCUUCUAUGGUCUACUCCUCAGGCAGCUGUCAGAUCCCUGACACAUUUGAGGCAUGACUGCUUCUUUGCCCCUUGUUUACCUCGCCACUCUAUUUCCACGUUCGUUUCGCCUCAUUCAUCUAACAAUUAAUGGCAGACUAGGCAUAUUAAUACUUGAGCUAGAUAUAAUUUAGCCUUCUGAUGACGGAGCAAUCAAGGGGUCGGGUCGGCCGCACGCUGACGGCAUGGAGUUGUUUGCCUGGGGUUUCUACUUAGACAUAAGGGUAUCCGGACUUGCCCUGGAAUGCUGCAUCUUGUAGUUGCCAAUGUUUUGGACCAAAAUACACGGGCAGCCAUGCAACUCGCAUCAAAUUUCAUUGUAUUCCUCUCUUCUUCACAAUCGACAAAUUUAGCAGCUGUUCCUCGCCCAUCUGGGACGGGCACGGGCAGUCCCCACCCAAGCCUACCAAUCAUAGCCCGCUAGUUUAUUAUUAGUAGUGGGUCCGGGCCUCGAGGCACGUCGCCAACCGCGCCG